AUGGAGCCUCCGAACCCGUUUAUCCACAAAGUGAGACUGAGCCAGACUCAGAGGAUCAGGGGUGUGCUCCUGGGCAGCUUCCUCUUCCCUCUGCGCCUCUUCCUCGCCGCCCUCCUCUUCCUCAUCAUGUGGCCCCUGGCUCGGCUGCGGUUCCUGGGUGUGUCCGAGGAGCAGAGGGCCCGGCCUGUGAGCGGCUGGAGGCGGUGGCUGCUCCACCCGCUGGUGUGGGCCCUGAGCCGCGGGGCCUUCUUCUGCCUGGGCUUCCUCUGGGUCCGGGUGAAGGGGAAGAGAGCCGACGUCACAGAAGCUCCGGUGUUAGUCGCUGCUCCACACCGCGGCUUCCUGGACAUGAUCGUCCUGCUGCCCACCCAGCUGCCCACGGUGGUGUCGCGGUCCGAGAACACCUCUCUGCCGGUCAUCGGAGCUCUCCUGGAGUAUAACCAGGCGGUGAUGGUCAGUCGCACAGACCCUCAGUCCAGGAAACAGGCGGUGGCUCAACUCAACCAGAGGCUCACGUCCAAAGGAUACUGGCCCCAGAUGCUGAUGUUUUCUGAAGGAACCACAACAAACGGAAAAGCACUGAUUAAGUUUAAACCCGGUGCGUUUCUGGCCGGAGUCCCAGUCCAGCCUGUUCUGCUGCACUACCCAAACAAAGUGGACACGGUCUGCUGGACGUUCAGAGGAACCUCCUGGCUGGAGUGUCUGUGGCACACGACGUCUCAGCUCUUUACAAACGUGACUGUGGAGUUUCUUCCAGUUUACAAACCAUCAGAGGAGGAGAAGAAGGAUCCUGGUCUUUACGCAGACAAUGUGCAGAAGCUCAUGGCAAAAGCCCUGGAGGUCCCGUCCACAGACUGUGUCCUGGAGGGGGGAGUACCCGUCAGUAAACUGGGAGGUCUCUCUCUUCCCUUCAAGUCUCCCCCACGAGAGGCUCUGCUCCUGCUGCGGAAGAACGGGUUCAGCUCGUCAGACAUGGAGGAGGCUCUGGACAGGAUGAUUGACAGGUGUCGGACUUCAAACGUCACCGCGGUAACGACGGACGAGCUCAAGUCUCUGCUGCGACUGAAGGACGGAGAGGCGGCUUCAGCCAUCUGCAAACUCUACUGCAAGGGCUCGUCUGUGGAUCUCCGGCAGGUCUACCUCGGUCUCGCUGCGGUCUCUGGGUCUGUGCCGUUCAGAUCCCUGCUGCACACGGCCUUCACUAUGUUCGAUGCAGACGGCAGCGGCAGCCUGAGUGCAGUGCAGCUGUCUGACCUGAUGGGGGCGCUGCUGGGCCUCUCUCAGCACAACACUGCAGAGCUCUACAGCGCCACCUGCUGCAGCGACGCCCUCACUGAAGACGCUCUGUUGCGAGCGCUGACGCUGCAUCCGACCUAUCACAGAGUGAGCACCGAGCACCUGCAGCCGGAGGAGGCGGGCUCUCAGCUGUCAAUCACCGCCCUCCGCCAUGGCAACGCGGUCAACAACAACAAGAGCGUCGCCAACGGAAACGGGAGCCUGCAGUCGAAGAAAUGGGACUAA